AAUCUGAUCGAGUGCGGCAUCAUGUUCAGAGCAGCAUCCCGCCUCCGCAGAGCUAGACCUCUGCAAAGGUCCAGGGGCGCCAUCAUCCCAAUGCCAACAAUAGUACGCUCGGUCUCCACAACUCGCCCCCUAUGGAAAGACGACGGUGAGACCAAGCCCGGACAGUUCGCUCGCACAGAUCCGUCCAUCAACAUGGACUACCCAGCCGGGUGGGAUUUGCCGUCGAGUAAUCCUGUGCGGAGGUAUAGGCGGACACUGAAGAGUUUUUCGCUGGAAGGAAAAGUCGCGGUGGUUACUGGGGGUGCUAGAGGGUUCGUUUACUGUUUCUCUUCGAUGGAGGGAGAGAGGGAGCGAUUGCUGAUGAACGGUGCUGGGCUUUGUUGUAUAGCUUGGGGUAUGUGAUGACCCAGGCACUUGUUGAGUCUGGAGCUGAUGCUGCGAUUGUGGACUUGGAUGGUUGGUGCCCUUCUCUUUUAGAGAUUGAAGCGAAGGGAGGGGAUCUGAUCUAGGGAUUGUGGUAUGUGUACAGGUGAGGAAGCAGUAAAGUCCGCCAAAAACCUCCUUGAGCAUUUCAAGGGUGAGAAUCCCGAUGCUGAAUGGUUAGCACCCCCCCCCCCAUCCCGACUCCUCCCCCUCCUGCCCUUCCCACUAAUAUACCCUUCCUCCCCACAGCCUCCCAACAAUAACCGCCCACACAUCCGACGUCUCCUCCCCAACCUCCGUCCGCUCUACCAUCUCGGAAAUCCUCACCCAGCACAACUCGCACAUAGACAUUCUCGUGACUUCCGCCGGCUUCACCGAGACUUUCAAAGCGGAGGACUACCCGCAUGACCGCAUGCAGAAGCUCUGGGGCGUGAAUGUCGAUGGAACGUACUUCUGCGCUGUGGAGGUUGCGAAACACAUGAUCGAGCGGAAGCGCCCUGGUAGCAUGGUCUUCAUCGGGAGCAUGAGUGGGAGCAUUGUGAAUAUCCCGCAGCCACAGGCGCCGUAUAAUGCUGCGAAAGCCGCUGUUAGACAUCUAGCUAGUAGUCUAGCCGUCGAGUGGGCACCGCAUGGGAUUAGGGUUAAUUGUAUUUCGCCCGGGUACAUGCUUACGGCUUUGUACGCACCCUGCUCCUGCUUAUGGGGGAUUGUGUGCUAAUGGUUACCAGGACGAGAAAGAUUUUGGACGACAAUCCGGAUUUGAACGCCAAGUGGACAAGCUUGAUUCCUCAAGGGAGAAUAGGUAACCCGGAGGAUUUGAUGGGCGCGGUUGUAUUCCUAGCCAGCGGCGCGAGUAAUUACGUUACCGGGGCGGACCUGAGAGUUGACGGUGGUUAUACCGUUACCUAAUUCGUCUGGACUGUUCUCUUGUGUUAUGUGCAUGAGGUAGCAUAUCCACUGAUGUAGGUAUCGUAAUGAAGUUUAUGGCAAUCUUGAUAUAUAUACACCGAAUAUAGGUUAGGUUUAGAAGCCCA